CGCACAUGUUGUACUGCAAACCUAUGGCUGUAGUGAAGUCAAUGAGGGACGGAGCAUUCUGAAUUUGAGAGUAACUGACCUACCUGACACACAACUACAGCACUGUGCGAUUAUGGCGUUGACAUCACGAACAGUGUUUAACCUUCGUUCUCCUCUUGCUUUGUGUGUUCGUGUCAUGAGCACAGGUGAUGCUGGCUCAGGUGUUGGGCACGGUGGUGGCACUGGUGGCACCAUUAGGGACGCCGGUGGUGCCUUUGGCAAGAGGGAGGUGGCCUUGGAGAAUCAGUACUUCCGUAGAUUGCAACACCAACAGCUGGAGAAGAUGAGGGCAGGGAUAGAAGAAGAAGUCGUGUUCCACAAAGAACAAGUUGAGGCUCACGAGGAGGCCAUAAAGCGACACCACAGAAUACUAGACGAGCUCAACAUGAACAUCAGGAAUAUCGUGGCUCGUGAUAAAAUGACUAAACAUGACUCGUGAAGUCAUAAAUCAUGCGCCAUAAUCUUUAUUCCAGAUUUUUGAGAACUAUUGAUAUAUAAUUUGGAUUGUCAGUUUAUUCUACUUUGUUAUCUUUAAACCGAAACAACAUUCUGUGAAUUGUGUUAACUGUUCGGUCUUUCAUAAACUGGAUUGGAAUUUUAUUCUUUAUUAAAUUUUCAAAGCUUCUGUUAACAUUCCUUGGCUUAUGUGAACUGCUCAGAUAUAGAUUAGAUUGGAAUGUUACUGGAUUGUGUUUUUCAAGCUUAAUAUUCCACGUCUGAUGCUUAUUAUGGUGUAAAGGGCAUAGAAUUUUUUUUAAUGAGGUAGUAUUAUUGUAAAAGUAGUUGUUAAUGGAUAUAAGGUAACCCUAGAUAGGAAAUGUGGUGUCAAAAAUCCCCACGCCAAACUUACAGUACAGUAUAUGAACAGAAGUGUAAAAGGGGUAAAAAAAAAAAAAUCAUUUUCAGUCAGAAGCCUAGCCAAGACCUUUAAAUGUUUCUAUAUGCCUUUAAUUUUCAUUAAAUGUAACUUCCUGAUGUUUUGGGUUUUUUUCCUCUGGGGUCUGUGGGACUCCCCAUUACCUUAGGUUUAGAAAAUUUAUACUAUUACCUAUCUAGGGUGACAUUGGUAUUAUAGGAUGUGAAAUGUAUCAUAUGACUUCUGUGAAAGUAGUGAUUAAAUAUGCUUUUAGACAUUUC